AUGCGAACAGAUAAAGAUCAACCAUCAUUAGAGUUUAUAGAUUUGAUUGUCAAGUUGGCAAUAGAGAGAGAGAAAAAGAAGUACAACAUCAACCUAGAAGAAGAAGAAGGUGAUGAAAACAAGAAAAAGAAAAAGGAUGGUGAUAACAGGUACAAACAAAUUUUGGUAGAUGAAGAGGAAACAAUAUUAUCAUGGUUAAUUUAUCUUGUUGUUAAAUGUGAAUUGACUCCUAAUGAUCAUGAUGAUGUGACAAGAUGCUGGAAAUAUCAACAUAAUAUAAUUGAGAAUAUAUUCAACCUAUUAAUAUCUUCGUCAUCAUCAUUAUCAUCAUCACUUAAUAAUAAUAAUGAUACAUUGCAACAAACACAAAUUUUGAAUCAAUUAAUAUCAAUAUUAAAAAGUUUAGUUAAAGUAAACAAUAGUGUUAUUAAAUUUUCUGCUGGUCAUUAUUUAGAAUAUCUAAAAAUGAUUAAUAAUACACUUGAUAAACACUCCAAAGAUGAAAUAAUCAGUGAGAUUAUCAUCAGAGUCUUGGAAUCUCUAGACAUGGACCAAGUGGCUUUGAUUGACCACCGACCAAAUAUUUUUUACCACACGAUAGUGAAGGUUCUCUCCCAAGGUUGUGUAAAUCAUCAAAUACGGGCAAUCGUAAUCACCCAACCAAAGGAUGAAUUACCAAGUGGAGAAACCUCUAUUUUAAGUCAGUCAAUCCUCUACUGUUGGCCACAAGCAAUAUUUUCAAAUGACCGAGUGAUACAAUUUUUAAUGGAUCGAUUAGAGCCAAAUAUUCUAUCUUUCGACCCUCGCUUUAUCCAUUCAAUAGAUCCUAAUCAAUAUAAAUAUGUAUCAUCUAGAAUAUUCCCAAUGAUUUUGAGCAAAUUGGACAAACUAGAUCACAAUGAAGUCACACGAGCAAUCUAUCGGUUUAUGGAAAUAGGAAAAAAUAUUGGGAUCAAGUAUUUUUGGAAAUAUUUCUAUCAAUUGGUAAUACUCCUCUUUGGGACUGGUGGCCAAAUAUUUGGAUACUUGAUGGAAUUUUGUGUCCACUACCCUCAUUUUGAUUAUUCGGCACUUUCGAUCUAUCUCCCAAGUAUCAUGAAACAAGUCAUCAGUGAAUUGAAAAGAAAAUCCAACGCAAAUUAUUAUCAAUCUAUAACAGAAAUGAAUGGCAUCCUUUUUUUCCUCAUCGGGAUGGUUAAGAGUUUGUAUCCCUAUUUCCUACACUUGGUCGACUCUAUUUGCGAGUUGGCCCUUGUCGACAUUAUGUAUGACAUUUUAGAAAUGGCAGUGGCCAAAGAAGGAUUGAGUCAAAAGGCCCAAUACCUUUUUGACCGGUUCACAAAAUCAUUAUUGUCAAGUCCCGUAUUUCUGUCUGUGACAGAGUCAGCAGAAAGAGGAGGAAAACAUUUCAAAUAUGGUAUGAAUCAAAUGAAAAGGAUGAUUGAUAUUAUGCAAGGUGUUUGGACAACCAAUCAAAUUCAAAAUGUAAUAGAUAUAUUUAUUCGUUGGGACAAUCAAUCCCUUCGACGAUGGCAUUUAUAUGAUGAUUUUGAUGAUUAUGGAUCUGAUUCAGUUUGUGAACUACCAGCCUUACCAUAUUCAAUUCCAACUCUUGUUUAUAAAUGGCAGAUAUUGUGUGACUAUGAACAAGACAGAGUCAAAGCAGUAGUAGACUAUUAUCAACAAAUCAUCCCAUUAUUAUUUCAAAAAAUAUCAUGGACAUCUCAACAAAUUUCAUUAGAUCGUAUUCUCAAAGAUGAAAUUCACAGUGAAUGGAUCGAGGCUAACGAACUUUUAGCGAUUAUAUUAUCAUUUGGAAAAUUGUCAAAACAACAAGAAGGAUCAGCAAUAUUAAUACCAAUUCCUGAUAUAUUAAAUGCAUUGAAAAAUAUUAGUGGUCUUGAACAAGAUGAUGAAUCCCUUUUCAAAUUUUUCACUACAAAUAAUUAA